AAAAUAAAUGAUAACACAGUCGCUGAAAUUCCAGCAAUCAUACCUGGCUUGGAAGCACCGAUUAAAAACUGUACUUUUACUGAUGAAAAACAAAAAACAUCACAAUUGGUUCUAUGGUGUAGUGGUUAGCACUCAGGACUUUGAAUCCUGCGACCUGGGUUCGACUCCCGGUAGGACCUUUUAUUUUCUUCUAGUUUUGUUUUGCCUCCUACAGUUUUUAUAGCCUAGCCAAAGUGAGGGUUCUACACUCUUCUUCUUCUUCUUCUUCCUCUUCCUAGUUUCCAUUUGUUGUUACAAUCAGCAAUGGCGGCAGCUGCUUUUCUUCUUUCUCGUUCCUCUCUACAUACCAAAAUUCCCCUCUCCUUCCUCCUUAAACCCAUCUCAUCCAAUUGCUUCUCUACAAUUGUAUCGCUGAAAGCUCCAUUACUACCAAUACCCGCUGCUGCUGCAUCUACUACUCGUCUAAUUUCUUACACAAACCUCCACUCAAACCCUCUCCAAACAAGAUUCUAUAGUUCCAAAUCCAACACUAACAGUCCGGUAUCAUUCCCUUCCUCAUCCGACUCAGAAUCCGAUGACGACCAUGAAGAAGUUUCAGAAAAAAAGAAGAACAAGACAUUGACAAGCAAGCUUCCACCACCUUAUGAUCCAUUCAGCAAGAAACCAGUAAUUGAAGAACCCAAAGACCCCAAAAACCUUCAAGAGAUAUUCCACAAGAUGAGGACAACAGAUGGUUUAAUGAAUAGCGCAGUCAAGAUGUUUGAUGCUUUGUCUAAAGACGGUCUCACACAUGAAGCUAUGGAGUUGUUUGGUAUUAUCAAAGACAAAGGCAAUAUGCCUGAAGUUGUAGCUCAUACUGCUGUCAUUGAGGCUUAUGCUAAUGCUGGUCAUUCUAAGGAGGCACUUAAGGUUUACAUGCGGAUGCUUGCUGCUGGUAUCAAACCCAAUGCGUACACUUAUACUGUUCUUAUCAAGGGACUUGCCAAGGAUGGUAAACUAGGAGAUGCAAAGAAGUACAUUCUGGAGAUGAUGAACAGAGGAAUUUGGCCCAAUGUGGGGACAUAUACGACCGUGUUUGAAGCUUUUGCUAAGGAGGACAAGAUGGAGGAGUGUAAGGAAUUGCUAGAGCAGAUGAAGGCUAAGGGGUUUGUUGUUACCGCAGCAGACGAGGAUAAAGUCGGGGAACAUCUCACCACCAAAAGGGGACAGGUAUAUAGAAGCAUCAUGGAUCUUCUCUUCGCCAAAUAAAUGGGUAUAGAUACGGAGAAGAACGAUCAGGCAGCCUCUCCAUGAACAGAAGUUUUAAUGUUGCUAGGCAGUAGCUAAUAGUACAAGUUCUCUUUUUUCUUUUGCGAACAAGUAAUGUUUAAUGAUAAAAUGACCAGCAAAUCUUAACAUGUAGUUUGGACUA